AUGUCCGGAGCAGUGGCAGAGUCGGUACCCAUAUUCACAGCGACGUCUGCAUACUCGCUCGCCUUCGUGCUUGUGGUGGGCGUCGUAGCCUGGACCGCGUCCAAUACACUCUUGCCUCGGACAGCGGGAUGGAAGGAUCGUUUCACGUUCAUCUGGCUGGCCUUUGAUGCCGGAAUACAUUUCGUUUUCGAGGGCUCCUUCCUCUGGGUGUCGACAUUUGGGCGACAGGCCAACACGGGCACAGGCGUUUUUGCUGAGAUGUGGAAAGAGUAUGCUCGCGCAGACGCUCGUUGGGGAUUCGCCGACCCCACCGUCGUUUCCCUCGAGAUCCUGACCGUUUUGGGCGCUGGGCCCAUUUGCUGCUACAUUCUCAAGCAGCUUGUCCAGGAUGACCCUGCUAGGCAUUUCUGGAUAAUUGUGUUGAGUACAGCCGAGCUCUAUGGAGGGUGGAUGACGUUCUGUCCCGAGUGGCUCACUGGAAGUCAGUAUUUGAACACCUCCAAUGCUUUUCACUUCUGGGUUUAUCUUGUGCUUAUGAACAUGAUCUGGGUUUUCAUCCCACUAUGGUUAAUGGUGGACUCAUACAGGCAUCUCGCGCAAUCCCUGCGUGCAGUGCAAAAAGCGGAAAGGUUCAAGAAAAACUAG